GCAUUGCAGCACGGAGCCGUACCGUACGCAGCACACAACAACGCAACACGAGGCAAGACAACACAAGUCACAUCAAUCCGACCCAAUCCAAAACAUGAACGCCGGAUUUCUCGCCGAGCUCAAGCAAAAGGCCAAGGCCACCGACGGCGCCAGCGCCAAAACGCCCAAAGCAGCCGCUGCACCCCCAUCGGCCAACGCUUCCCUGAUGGAAGCGCUCAAGAGCAAGCAGAAGGAUCAGAAAACGAACAAGCUCGGUGCAUCCGAAUCCUUGAUGGCGGCACUGAAGGCAAGAAAGCCCCCGGCGGUGGGUGCUGCUAGCUCUCAACCAGCACCAGCACCAGCAGGCAACAACCAAAGCCGCGCCGGAAAGAAAACGGCAAAAAAGACGUCCUCCUUUGCGGAACAGCCCUUCGAAUACCAUCCCUGCGAGAGCAACGACGGCGAUACCAGCGACGAUCCGGCCGACUCGGGCCACGGUUUCUUUCUCUUUGUCUCGGACGGGGAAACCUCGGACGAUUUCGUCCCGAGGAUCGAUGCCUCGAACGCCGGCGGCGGCACCACCACCACCACCAUCGAGGUCCCCCUCGCGCCCCUGGUCUACCGGGCGUGCGACCACACCUUCGAAAAGGCCGUUCGCAACAAGACGGCCGUCGCCGCCGACGAGUGCGUCCGCAAGCUGGGGAUCCUCCGGGCCCUCCAGCGCGAGAAGGGCGUCUUCAACGACCUGCUGGCGGACAGGCUCGCCGCGAGCAACCCCCUGGAGGAGGAGGAGCUCGGAAAAACGCGGUUCCUGGAGCUCCUGUCGAACGGGGGCGUCGCCCGGACCGUCGUGGAGCUCCUCCUCACCGAGAUGGCCCGGGCCCUGGACCACCCCAAGCCUUCGUCCGGCAGCGACGACCACAACAACGACGAAGACGACCGGUCCCCCCUCGCCGUUUCCAUUGCCGGCCUCGACGACCUCUUGGAGGCGAUCGAGGGGGCCGUCCCGGAGCUGGCCGCUGCCCGGGCGGAAAUCGAGGGCACGCAGUCCGUCUCCUUCUAUCCCGGCCUGGGGGAGCUCUUUGGACCCGGCGCCAAGCUGGUCUGCUACCCCGAGGGGAUGGAGGGCAGCCCCCUGGGGGUUUCCUGCGUCCAGUCGUGGUACGCGGAGGACCACAACCACGCCACCGGGACCACGAAGCGGCGGUUCGUCCUGGUCAUCGAGUUCCUGGUCAGCGUCGGCGACGAGCUGGUCUUUGUGGCCAUGACCGGUGCGUUGCUGGUUGUGUUUUUGUGUGUUUGUGUUUUUUGUUGCCUUUCUUGGAACCCGCGUUUUCUUCCAAUAAUCUAUGUGCAAAUCUUUCUCCAUUGACGCGCUUGUUCUCCUAUUGCCCGUCUUCUAUUUCUAGACGUAUACCCGGAAUUCCACGACACGAGCCGGAAUGUUCCGCUCAAGGACCUGAGCCACAGAAAGCUUUCGAACCACGGAGACGAUGCCGCCCUGCUCGAGCGCCUGCAGCAGCGGGGAGAAUUCUACGCCAGCGUGGCCACCAAGAACCACUUUCUAGAAUACUACGCGGACUCCUUCUUCCCCAUCCUCAAGGGAGGCGGGUGGUCCUCCAACGCCGUCCGGCCGCUGUCAAAGGGCGGACGCGUCAUGGUGGACGUCAAGCGGGGGAUUCUCGAGGGACACAUCGCCGUCCGCAGCGGAAGCUCGGGGAGCGGGAGCGGAGACGCCACCAGCGACACCGUCCGGGAGGCCAUCAAGCUCUUUGAAUCGUCCAAGCGCACCGGAAUCGCGGUCCCCUUUCGGACCUGCGUGCUGCCCGACAAAUUCCGAAACACCAGAUCCGCAAAGAAGGCAUCCCCGGACCCGGCCAAGCACCCAACCCCCCGGGCCGGGGCCUCCGAUCGGGAGCGGCUGUGGAUGUCCUGGCCCAUGCUGGUGGGCUUUUCGUUCACGGCCCGGGUAUGGGGCAAGCUCUUGCUCGGCAUGCCAAAACCGAUCGUUGCACCGAAACCCGAGCUUCCGUCGGCACCGCUGUCUCCCGGUCGGGGCCUGGUGGCCCAGCAGCGGCCGUCCUCGCGCAGGUUCGGCGUCGAGAUUGCGGCGCUGGGGGGAGAGGGCCGCAGCGGAAACUGCGGAUACAUCAGCUUCCAGACCCAGGCCUUUGACCAGCUUGUGCUGGCGGAGGACAAGAAGGAACUGAUCCGGGCCGUCGCACGGAAUGCCGGUGGUGGCGGAUUCGACGAGGACGACAGCGACGACGACAGCGACGACGAGGAGUUCGAGAACGUUGGCAUCGACGUGGUGGCCAACAAGGGUGGGGCAUCGAUCUUUUUGCUGCACGGUCCCCCGGGGUGCGGGAAGACGCUGACCGCCGAGGCGAUUGCCGAGCUUCUGGAGAAACCCCUAUACAUUGUCACGGCAGGAGACCUCGGGAUCUCCGCCUCCGAGGUCGAGCAAAACCUGGGAUCCGUCCUGGAGCUGUGCCAAACGUGUAAGUGUUUGGCGUUUUUGCUGCUCAGCCGUGUAUGGCUUCUUUUGGUACUCUCACAUCGGUUCGAUGUCCACUAAUUCGCAAUGUUCUUGCCAUUGUUUUUCGUUUCAUACAGGGGAUGCUCUGGUGUUGAUCGACGAAGCCGACGUAUUCCUCGAAGCUAGAAACAGCACCGAGAUUGCUCGCAACGCUCUUGGUAAGAACCGAUUCACUAACUCACAACUUAUGUGUUAUGGAAGCAAAGGGGUUCGUUGAUUCAAUGGCUGGCUUGCUCAUCCACCAACUCGUUCUCACAUGUGACCUAUCUUUUCAUUUGACCCCAAGUAUGUGUAAUGCUAAGACUGCUCGAGUAUUAUUCUGGGUGCCUAUUCCUGAGUUCAAACAGAUCUGCAGGCUCUAUCGGUACGUUCUGCAGAAGCGAAAUCAUGGACUGGUUUGCGCUUAUUCGAUCAAUCCUUCUCACAUUGUCAAACGCUUUCUUUUCUUUGCUCAAAAGACGCCGCAAUCGCCAGCAGAAUCACGGUCAUGCUGGGCUAUCCCAAGCUAGAUGCCACUGGGCGGGGAAAGGUAUGGCGCAACCUGAUCGAGCUCGUUCCGGUCGUUCCAACCGACCCUUCUACGGGGAAAGCCUCGGAAAAGAUCCUCUCCAAGCCACGAAAGGCCUCGAGGUACCGCGACGACUUUUCGGCAUCCGACUACCAGAAGCUGGCGGAGCAAUUCGAGCUGAACGGCCGGCAGAUCAAGAACUCGAUCGUUCUGGCGCGGGCCCUGGCCAGGGAGCGGAGGACGCCCCUGAACCUGGCCGUUUUGCACCGAGCCGUGGUGGCCGUCGCCGGAGAGGGCGUCGGAGGAAGCAAAACAGAAGACAGCAGCACGAGUGGCUACUAGGAUUUUGUGUCUCCUCUUUAAGCUUCAAAUACUUCCAACAUAUUGUCUUUGGUGAAUACUACGAAUCUAUUGAAUAGUUCCAUAGUCUUCAGAGGUAGUUUUGGAUAACUAAAUUUUAAAUUUGUGU